AUUCUGGUGUGUUCUUUCAGUAUCCUCUUAUCCUUACUUCAUCAACAUUGGAGCAUUUCUCACCCACCCUAUAGCCUUCCUCGCUCUCUUACUUUCAGUGUUCCUUUUUGCCAACUAAGAAGAAAUGGCCAAAGCAAUCCUCUUUGGAGUUGCACAGAAAAUGAUUGAGAAUUUGGGAUCUCAGAUUUUCCAGGAGAUUGGAUCGCUUUGGGGCCUUAAAGAUGGGCUUCAAAGCAUCAAGAGCGCUGUUUCCAGAAUCCAAGCUGUACUUCAGGAUGCAGCAGAGCAGCAAAACCACAACCAUCAAGUCAGGGACUGGCUCGAAAAGCUCAAGGAUGUUGUUUAUGAUGCUGAUGACUUGCUGGGUGAAGUCUUCACUGAAGCUUCGCGGCGAAGAGCAAAGAGUGGGAAUAAAAUCAAAAAAGAGGUUCGCACUUUUUUUUCAAGUUCAAAUCAAGUUGCUUUUCGUAUUGAGAUGAGUGGUAAAAUAAAGGCGAUGAGGAAGAAGCUAGAUGCCGUAGCAAAAGAAAACAGAGACUUCAACUUGAAAGUAAGCCCGCCAGAGAAAUAUAGCUUGAAUAUGCAGAGGGAAGAGACUCACUCAUUUGUACCUAAUGAAAAAGUUAUUGGGAGAGAAGGUGAUAAAGAGGCCAUCAUAAAACUAUUAUUGGAGCCUAAUAAUGAAGAGAAUCUUUCAGUUGUUCCCAUAGUGGGAAUUGGUGGGUUAGGAAAGACCACACUUGCUCAAUUUGUAUACAAUGACGAGAACGUCAAUAAACAUUUUGAGCUAAAAAUGUGGGUGUGUGUCUCUGAUUCGUUUGAGUUGAAAAUUAUUGUUGAAAAAAUAAUUGCUUCUGCUACUGGUAAGAAGCCAGAAGACCUUCAUAUAGAUCAACUGCAAAAGCUUCUUCGUGAAAAUAUUGAUAAAAAAAAAAAAAAACUUACUUGUGUUGGAUGAUGUGUGGAAUGAAAGUCAUAACAAAUGGGAUGAAUUGAAGCAUCUUUUAAUGGGUGGUGCAAAGGGAAGUAAGAUUGUAAUAACAACACGUGUCCAAUUGGUUGCUGAGAUUACAAGUCCAGUUUCAAUAUACACCCUUAAAGGUCUCUCUGAAGACGAAUCUUGGUCUUUAUUUGAACAAAUAGCAUUUAGAAAAGGAUAAGAGACCAACAAUCCUAGACUAAAAGAAAUUGGAAAGGAAAUUUUAGUCAGAUGUCAGGGGGUACCCCUUGCCAUAAAGUCCAUUGGAAGUGUAUUAUGCUUAGAGAAAACUGAGUCUAAAUAGUCACGUGUCAAGGAUAAUGUGCUUACAAAUAUACUUCAACCCGGGGAUGACAUAUUUCCAAUCCUAAAGUUGAGUUAUGAUCAUUUGCUCUCACAUUUAAAGAGUUGCUUUGCUUAUUGCUCUGUGUUUCCAAAAGAUUAUGAAAUAGAAAAGGAAAUGGUGGUGCAACUAUGGAUAGUGCACGGGUUUAUCCAAUUCUCAAACACAAAACAACCAUUAGAGGAGGUUGCUAAUGAGUACUUCAAGGAUCUGCUUUGGAGAUCCUUCUUUGAAGAAGUAGGGGACAUGUUUGGAAAUUUAAAAUACAAAAUGCAUGAUCUAAUUCAUGAUCUUGCAGAAUCGGUUGCAAUGGUAGACUGCAAGCUCGUUGAUAUGGACAGCAAAAAUGUUGAUGAAAAAAUUCGUCAUAUAUGUUGUCCAUUUUUUAUCGCCUUCUCUUGUAAUGAGACUUUAAGCUUAUUGGUUAAAGCAAAAAAGAUGCGUACGCUUCUUCUAAGAUCAAAUAAGUAUUGGUUAGAUGAGCCAAUGUUGAAUACAAUUACUUUGAAUUUCAGAAGCU